AUGAUUGAAGUACUAGUCAAUGACCGUUUAGGGAAAAAAGUACGUGCUAAGUGUCUCGAGGAUGAUCUUGUAGGAGACCUUAAGAAAGUACUGGCGUUACAAUUAGGUACACAUGCUAAUAAAAUUACUUUGCAGAAAGGUGGGACUACACUCAAGGACCAUAUAUCGCUAGGGGACUAUGAAAUUCACGAUGGCACGAAUUUGGAAUUAUACUAUGUAUGA